UCGGCGAUUCCCAUUCUGCAGCUAAAAUCGCAACUCGCGUUGGGGGCUUCGCCUGAUUUUUUUUAUCCCAACCUUCCCCCCCACCCCACCCCCUCCCCCUCCAAAGCAGCAAACCAUCGCAAUAUUGUUUUUUUUAAUCUGUCUCUCUCUCUCUCACUGUGUCUUUACCUAUCUAUCUCACCCCCCUCCCACCCACCCCCCGUCCCUUUUUUGCUCAGAGCCUUACCUCCAUCACAUAGACUGUCAGUGCAGCAACAACCACCUACAAAAAAAAUUACUGAGCGACCACGAUGAAGCAGAGUGAGUGAGAGGGAGAGAGAGAGAGAGAAAAAGAGAGAGAGGGAGAGAGAGAGAAAGACAGAAGCAACAAUCAAACCGGCUGCGCAGAGUCCAUGAAGCUCAGACUUAAGAGAAAGGGGGAAAGCUCGUUUUUCACCGAUGGUUCUGCACUGUAGCAGAUUGGAGCCGGAACAGUUCUAACCUCUUCAUUUUGCAAAAAAAAAUCGCUAAAGUGUGGCAAAGUCUUCCUAAAUCCUAAUAGAGAGGGAGGGAGAAGAGAGAGAGAGAGAGUGACAUCCAACCAACCACCAGCAAAAAAAAACAAAAAAGGAAUCAAACUGGCUCUCUCCCCGUCUGCUCAGAAUAGUCUGAUUGCCGCAAUCGCAGGGGUCUGUCCUGGCGUUUGGAGAAGUGGGCAUCUUCAUACCAACUACAACAAAGCGAUGGCAUCCGAGUUGGCAAUCAGCAACGCCGACCUACCCAACAGUCCCCUUGCGAUGGAAUAUGUUAAUGACUUCGAUCUGAUGAAAUUCGAAGUCAAAAAGGAGCCGGUGGACUCGGAAGGCAAUCCGGGCAGUCACUGCAACCGCAUCGGGGGCUCGCUGUCUUCCACACCAAUGAGCACCCCGUGCAGUUCGGUGCCUCCGUCUCCCAGCUUCAGUGCCCCGAGCCCCGGAGAGCAGAAGGCGGCGCACCUGGAAGACUUUUACUGGAUGACCAACUAUCAGCAGCUGAACCCGGACGCCCUGAGCUUUACGCCGGAGGAUGCGGUGGAGGCCCUGAUCAGCAGCGCCCACCAGCAGAUGCAAGCCGGCUUCGAGAGUUACCGAAGCCAGCAGCAGCAGCAGCAGCAGCAGCAACAGUAUGCCCCGGCGGCUGGAGCGGGCUUGGCCGGCGAUGAGAUGCCUCCAGCCGGCGCUGUGGUGGCCCAUCACCACCAGCACCAUCACCACCACCACCACCACCACCAGGGGCACCAGCACCCAGCGGCGGCGGCGGCGGCAGCAGCAGCAGGAGGAGGAGUGGGCACCGCCGCUGCGGGCACCGGCGCCAUGCACCCGCACCUGCGGGCCGGCGAUGACCGCUUCUCGGAUGACCAGCUGGUCACCAUGUCGGUGAGGGAGCUGAACCGGCAGCUACGGGGCGUCAGCAAGGAGGAGGUGAUCCGGCUGAAGCAGAAGCGGCGGACCCUGAAGAACCGCGGCUACGCUCAGUCCUGUCGCUUCAAGCGGGUGCAGCAGCGGCACAUGCUGGAGAGCGAGAAGACGCAACUCCAGCAGCAAGUCGAACACUUAAAACAGGAGAUCAGCAGGCUGGUGCGGGAGAGGGACGCCUACAAGGAAAAGUACGAGAAACUGGUGACCAGCGGCUUCAGAGAAACCGGAUCGUCCAGUGACAAUCCUUCGUCUCCGGAAUUCUUCAUGCUUAACACAGCAAAUGAUGUCAAUGCAGCAGCAAAGAAUGGACAAUACAAUCUGAAAGAGGCUAAACAAAUGCUCAGUUACAGAAAACAUGAUGCCGGAAUGCUGAUCGCUUAGAUCGAAACUUUCCCUGCGGCUCUAGCGUCCGCCAUAAAGCACAAAACCUCAGAGAGAACAUAAAAGAUGACGCUAUGAGAAAGCCAACCAUCACAGCAAGCGUUCUCAAGACUCCUGUGGCUAGUUUAUAGUUUCUUCCUCUUCUUCCACCUUCGGUUUUUUUUUUAAAAAGCAGAGGACAGCAAUGAACAAAUGAAGACGACUACUCGUUCAGGUGUCUCUCACACACACACAGACACAUACACAUAUAUAAAUUUCUAUAUACAUAUAUAUAUUAAAAGUACGUACGCAUGAUGUUUGAAUAAAAGACAGUGGCAGUAUUUAACAGAAAACAAACCCCACAAAAUGACAAGAUGCUGGCAUUACUUUCAAAAUAAACUGAGCAAAGAAAAACUUUUUUUUAAAAACUGUGUACGUCGGCAAAACAGUCUUAAAUCUGCAAAUGGAGACCUUGUUAAGACAAUAACUGACCCUUCCUGAUCUCAAUCCCACAGUCGCUGAUGGCACCCUGUGUACAUAGUUAGGCUUCUCUGAUAUAUGCACAUAACUCAACAGUGCUUCCGAUUCUCACAGUCAUUAUGAUUGACCUUAGAUUACGGGUAGUCACACAAAGCGAGAUUCUGAGACCACCCUUUUGGUCUACUGGAUUCCAAACAGGCUGAGAUAUACAAAACCUGGUCCAUCCAUCCUGCCAGACUUUACAUUACUAGUGUGUCACAUCGGAGAUGACUGCGGACUUUUAAAAGGAUUUACUUUUUUUUUUAAAAAAGUGUUAUUUUAAUCCCAACUAAAGGAAGAUUGGUGAAAAUCUACAGUCUGUUGGCAACAGUGGGUUCGCUGCAGGAUUUAGUCCGCUUAGUUAUUUGCUCUGGGCAUUAGGACCCCUCUCAGAGAAAAAAAGGACACUGUGGCACAUCAAAACUCAACCCCAUCUCAUAGCUUCACAUUUUAAACUCUAACCCAUUUCCUACAGCUGCGAAGGACUGUAUUUUAGGAUUAACAAAGUUGAACCCCACCUGCCUGGCUUCCUUAAGCCUUGUUCAUGGAGAUCAAAGCACAUUGUGUGAAUUUAUUCAUGGUCAGACUGGAGGCUAAAAACAGAAAAUGCUGGAAAUGCUCAGAAGAAUGAAUGCAGGACUGUAAGAGUUCUGAUGAAAAGUAAUCACCAUGAUGCAUUAACUGUUAACUUUCUGCUCAGACUUUGCCAAGCAUGCUGAGUGUUGCCAGCAUUUUAUGCUUUUCACUCAGAUAUCCUGCACAAUAUUCUGCGUCUGUCACAACGUGGGGGCAUCUGUACCUGGAUUUGAAAUUCAGACCAGGCCGAUGUGAUUGAGUCAUUUCAUAAAAUGUCUGGUCAAAUGGGGACGGGAUGAGAGGGUUUCAAGUAACAAGGGUUGCAGGUUCCAACAUCAGAGUCUCCCCACUAUUCAUUUGCAUCCACAACUGCUCAGAAGUUGUUUUUUCUCUCUGUCUUUAGUUCUAGAUGUGCCAUUAUGUGAACCAACACUUUGUUGCUUUAACAUUCUGAUACCCCGGUUUAUGGCACGGUAGGGGUAUUUGGAAUUAGAGAACAAAAAAGUGAAAUCCUGCACCCCAUGAUUACUGCGUCUCCAACUGGCCCUUCACACUACAGAAAGUACAGGUGGAUAUCUAAGUGACCAAUACUGUACAAUCCUUCCAGCUGGGAGGGAGUUGUGCAGUGAUGAGGAAAGCUUCUGCAGCCAAGUGAACAACUCACAAUGAGCAAUAAAGCAGAAACAUCUUUUUAAAUAAGCUAUGUUGAAGAUGGAACACAAAACAAAAACCUGCUACAUAAUCGCAGUAGUCCAAGAUUAAGGAAUUGCCUCCUUUGUGAUCAUUAACCCUUUGAGGAGGGUCUAAUAACAGCUUGCACCUACUUAUUAUAAAUAGAGGAUGUUAGUUUCUGUUGCCAUGCUAAUUAUUACAUAAUUAUUC